CGCCGGCUCCGCAGCCUGACCAACUGCUUCAUUGUCUCGCUGGCCCUCACCGACCUGCUGCUGGGCCUGCUGGUCCUCCCCUUCUCCGCCAUCUAUGAGCUCACCCAGGAGUGGCGCUUCGGGUCCACCCUGUGCAACAUCUACAUCAGCCUGGACGUCAUGCUGUGCACGGCCUCCAUCCUCAACCUCUUCACCAUCACCAUGGACCGCUCGCCGGCGGCCCCCCCUCCCCGCGUGGCCGUGGCCAUGUUCCUCAUCUGGGCCGUCUCGCUCACCGUCUCCUUCCUGCCCAUCCACCUGGGCUGGAACACCAACGACACCAGCGUGCAGAACACGGACCCGGCCCGGAGCACCCGCUGCAAGCUGGAGGUCAACUGCGCCUACGGGCUGGUGGACGCGCUGCUCACCUUCUACCUGCCCCUCGUGGCCAUGUGCAUCACCUACUACCGGGUCUUCCGCAUCGCCCGCGAGCAGGCCCGGAGGAUAAACCACGCCGCCUACUGCAAGGCCGCCCGCGCCGCGCUGCCCGCCGUGCCGGCGCACACGAACACCACGCUGGCCGCCGUGCUGGGGGCCUUCGUCGUCUGCUGGUUCCCUUACUUCACGGUGUUCACCUACCGCGGGAUGCAGGGGAAGGAGAAAGUGGUGGAUGACACGACCCAGUCCAUCGUCCUGUGGCUGGGCUACGCCAACUCGGCCCUCAACCCCAUCCUGUACGCGGCUCUGAACAGGGACUUCCGGACAGCCUACCAGCGCCUGCUGCGCUGCCGGAGGGGCACGGCCCUCGCCCUUCCCCUCCCCAGGCGGAGAGCCUGCCGGCCAGCCCUGAACGCACAGGAAGGGAAGCCCCUGAGGAUGCAGGUGAGGAACGGGAAGGAGAGCACGCCCAGUGGAGGAGCAGCCGCGGAAAGGUAACGUUGCUCCUUCGCGCUGGGGGGGCAGGGACGCCGCAUGGCUUUGGCUGUGGGUCCAGAUCCUCAGGGCCCACAGCAGGGCAAGAACUCCCUUCCCCUCGCUCUGCCAAGCGGACAGCCCCUCUGGCGAGUGCAGUAUAGGGCCCUGGACACACU